GUCGGGGCGGCCCUGGGAAGUAGUAGGCAGUAAGCUGAAGGAACUGGAGAAACAGCUCGUUGUCCCUGCCAUUAAGUCAAUUAUUCAUCCCAUCUGUUGCCGUCUCCCCAAGGUCACAUCAUCCGUCAGCUCGGGGAAACCACGCCGGCGUGACUUCCUCGCACCCUUCCCUCUGGUCCUGCCUAGCGGGCAGAAGUUCCCAUCUGGACCCAACACCAACGACAGCGUCCCGUCAGUGGAUGGACGGACGGCCUUCUUUCUCAGCCUCGUGCAAAGACCCAGAGAAACUCUCGGUCUUCGGGCAGGUCGGAGUGCACGCCGUCCCGGUGACAUAUGUAUCUCGAUCCUUAACCUCCCGCCAGAUCCGGCCAGACGGGAGCUACACCGAGAUACAUCCAGCUCACAACGCCUUGAAAAGCCCGCCCAAGGUGCUCAUCACGCUGGGUCCUAGCUCGUCUUGCGCCGCCAUAAAGCGACCACGAGGAAAGUACAUCACUCUCAGCUCAGGCCUUGCCUGCCGUCGCAACACAUUCAAGUCGUUCACACUCAGCUCAUAAUAUACCGCUCAGCCCCCGGCAGCUCAGCAAAUGACCGCCAACGGGGCAGAAAUGUCUGCUCAUUCGCAGGUGGGGGACAGGCCUGGUCAUCACAAGUCAAAUGAAGAGGCAUACUUCACAAGAAACAGCGAAUCACCGCGGGCACUGAGGGACGCCCUGCGGCUUGCCGGGCGGGGCGCCAUAUCGACGCCCUCCGAGAGUGCCAGCGACGAAGACUAUGACGACGAAGCGCAGAAGCCAAUUGCCGUCCUUCGACUCAAUAAGAGUCAUGAGACGGACGGGGCCACCACAAAUCCGACGUCUGGCAGCAAGCUCAAGGCGAGCGAUGCCACGGGGGAGGUUACGACGCCGACGAGCGACGUGUCUUCCGAGAACGUGAUUCUUGAAGACAUAACAUCCCUCAGAGGCGCCAAGGUCUACACAGUUGCAUCGGAUGACAAGGAGCUUCGAGAAAUCCUGAGAAGGGGUUUGCAAAGGGCCAAAGAACCCGAGGCGAAUGGCAAACGGAAAGGGCGAUUUAGUGACUACAUUUUCACCAGGAAAUUCUCCGCAUUCGACAGGCAGAAUGCUGUGGCUGCCAACAGUCCCUUCCAUGGCUUCUUCACCCUGUUCUGGAUCGCUGUCGCGAUGAUGCUGAUCAAGAUUGGCGCCGAGAACUGGAAGAACACGGGCAGCCCACUCGGAACCAACGACAUCAUGAAGUCUAUGUUCAAGAGGGAUGUCAUUGUUUUGCUUGCAUCCGACGGUGUCAUGUGUGGUCUCACGGGCGUCAGUUGGGUGCUGCAAGUCUUGAUCAAGAACGACUACCUGGACUGGGACUCAUCUGGAUGGAUCCUACAAAAUAUAUGGCAGACCAUAUUCGUUGGCGCCACCAUCGGAUGGACACGGCAUCGGCAGUGGCCUUGGUCGCAUACGGUAUUCUUUGUCAUGCACUCGAUUAUAAUGCUCAUGAAGCAGCACAGCUAUGCCUUUUACAACGGCUACCUGUCUAGCGCCUACAAGAAGAGGACGGAGCUGCUAAAGAAGCUCAAGCAGCUCGAGCACGUCGAGGCUGUCAAGUCGCCCUCUCAGACCAAGCCGACAGCCUCUUCCAUAUCAACAGACCACCUUGCACGAAGGCCAUCACGACAUGAUGUCCGGCAGAGGCGCCAGUCGUUCCACUCUAGCUACGAGAUGUUCAGUCAAGACCUGGAAGGCAUCGAAGCAGCCAUCCAGUCGAACGAGCCUCUCGACCUGGAACAAAUCCACGUGUUCGAGCAGAUCAUCAAGUGGGAGAUAGAUUCCCUCACCGAGGAGCUCCAGGGAAAGGCCACCACACCUUCGCGCGCGUACCCCAACAAUGUCACCUUCCAGAACCACUACGAGUACAUCGUCCUGCCGACCCUGGUCUACGAGCUCGAGUACCCCCGGUCAGAGAGCAUCGACUGGGCCUACGUGGCAGAAAAGGCAGCCGCGACCUUCGGGCUUAUUUUCGUCAUGACCUUCAUCUCGCAGGCCUGGAUUUAUCCCGUGGUGAUGAAGACGGUCCACAUGAAGGAGGCCGGCCUGUCGCUGGUCGAGCGCUUCAAGGAGUUCCCGUGGCUGCUGUCGGACCUGAUCUUCCCCUUCAUGAUGGAGUAUCUCCUCACGUGGUAUCUCAUCUGGGAGGCCAUCCUAAACCUCCUCGGCGAGCUGACCUAUUUUGCCGACCGGGAGUUCUACUCGGACUGGUGGAACUCGGUCAGCUGGGACCAGUUCGCGAGGGACUGGAACCGGCCGGUCCAUAACUUCCUGCUGAGGCAUGUGUAUCACAGCUCCAUUAGUGCCAUGCGGGUCAACAAGCAUACGGCGACGCUGAUCACGUUCUUCCUGUCGGCACUGGUCCACGAGCUGGUCAUGUGGUGUAUAUUCAAGAAGCUGAGGGGCUACCUGCUCUUCAUGCAAAUGUUACAGCUUCCGCUUGUGCAGCUGAGCAGGACGAAGUGGAUGAAGGGCAGGAAGACGCUCGGGAAUAUCAACUUCUGGAUAGGCAUAUUUACUGGGCCUUCGGUUUUGUGCUCGCUUUACCUGAUACUGUGAUGACAUUUCAGCAGCCUGAGGGGCUUGUAAUAAUAGGUAGUUCCCAAGA